AUGUCGAAAGCUUUCCUAAAAUCGAAAAUAGAUAAAGGCGUCAAACAGGGUGAUCCGCUGUCUCUCAAAUUAUUUGCUUCGACCUUGGAACACGCCUUCCGCAAGCUAGCGGCUGGCUGGGAGAACAGGGGUGUUGAAGUCGGUGGUAGUCGGCUAACAAACCUUCGCUCUGCUGACGACAUCGUCCUUUUCUCAACGUCGGCAACAGAACUCGAAAGCAUACUCCAACAGCUGAGCACGGUUUGCCAGAGGGUGAUGGAGCGCAGCAUCCUUGGUGUCAAACUGACUGACAGGAUUAGAAACUCCAUCUUGCGCUCCAAAACCAAAGUAGCCGACGUAGCCCUGACAGCUGCUAAGCUUAAAUGGGACUGGGCCGGACACAUCUGUCGCAUGCCAAACGACCUGUAG